AGUGGGCGGCCUGUCUUUCCUGUCUCACAAGGUCGUUUCUAAGCAUUACAGUUGUCCUCCUUUACAUGAAUGGUUUUGAUUUUCAGUCCAACUGACCACUUUCUGAACAUAAACGAUAUCUCCUUAUGAGAGUUGGACCAAACAUAUUAUAAACUAACGUGAACAGUUCCUGUAAAAAUAAACUAAUAAAUUUUAAUUUCUUAUGUCUAAAAUGGCAUGAUAUCAUGUCAAUAGACGCCAAACACUGUUGUUUUUAUUUUCAUAAAUAUUAAGGAUUUAUCUGUUAGUUAAAAAAAAAGACAACUUUGUCAGUGACAAAGACUCAACGAAUGACACCAUAAUGACCAACUGGACAUUCUUGGACAAUUCCACCUCUUCUAGAAACACCUCCGAUGUCUCCCUGGAAGAUAUUCCCCAAGAGAACGUUUUCAUCUUACCUUGGUGGCAGCAGACUCUCUGGAGCUUAGUGUUCGGAGGCAUGGUUAUCGUAGCCACAGGCGGCAAUCUGAUAGUUAUUUGGAUUGUUCUGGCCCACAAGCAAAUGAGAACCGUUACAAAUUAUUUCCUAGUAAACCUGAGUCUAGCGGACACCAUGGUGUCUACAUUGAACGUCAUUUUUAAUUUUACCUAUAUGUUGAACACUGAUUGGCCGUUCGGUAGGGCCUACUGUAAAGUCUCCAAUUUUAUAGCCAUUGUCUCUGUAUCCGCCAGCGUCUUCACCUUGAUGGCCAUAUCAAUUGACAGGUACAUGGCCAUCAUGCAUCCACUGAGGCCCCGAAUGUCUCGAACAACAACUCUCAUCAUUACUCUGUGUAUUUGGGUAGCUGGAAGUCUUCUCUCCUUACCCAAUAUUCUCUAUUCCAGCACUAUCACAGAAAUGUUCUCGAACGGCGACUACAGAGUUAUCUGUUUCAUGGUCUGGCCUGACGGAUACUCGAACGAUAGUUACACUGAGUACAU